UGUAUCUUUGCUAGUAAUUGAUAAUUUCUGAAGAGAAUUAUACUGAGAAUAGUAUAGCUUAUAUAUCACCGGAGUCUUUUCAUCCAACAAUACUCUUUGUCUUUCGUUUUGAUCGUUUUUUCUCGCGAUAUCACGAAUCACGUGAUCACAUGUUAACAAUGCCGGAUACAGCUGCUUGAGCAUCAUUUUAAAAAUGCAAAUAUCCAUUCCAGAGUAUGGAAUCAGAUCUCGAGGGAUCUGACUCCUCAAGUAACGACGUAGAAGACCACGUCAGUAUAUCUCUCCUUCCUCAUCAAAAACGCAACAGAAAGAAGCGAUUUAGAAACGUUACUUUGAAACUGUGGAAGAUGUUUGGCGGCAGGGCCGCCAUUUGUGGCAUCGCAACUGGGUUGUUGUUUCUUUCAGUUUUACUUCUCGCGGUCUUCGCUCGCCCGUCUUCUUCACACGAAACUGUCAACACAAAGCGGAACAAGAAUUUUGGCCAUGAUUUUGAACUGGUUAGAGAUGCUUCUGUAACCGAGCAUGUACAGAAGAAAGAAGCUCGCUCGCUGAGACUUCCGCGACAUCUAUCUCCGAUCGAAUAUCUUGUCCAUUUACAUCCUAAUCUGACAACAUUUAAAUUCUCUGGGAAAGUUGAUGUACUUUUGAAUUGCACUGAAUCCUCUCAUAAUAUCACCCUUCAUGUUGGAAGGAAAAUAGAAGUUACGUCGGUGAAAGUGGCGCUUUUGGAAAAUUCUCUAGCUUUAAAAAGGGAGAUAAAAGUCGCAAGCUUUAGUCCGCACUUGCCGGGUGAGAUGAUGUUGAUCUCGCUUGACGAAGAACUUCAGCCUGGGAAGUUAUACUUUCUUAAGAUCGAGUUUCAUUCCGAAUUAAGUAGAGGGCUUUCUGGAUUCUACUUGAGCAAAUAUUUUUCACCAUCAGGGGAGUUAAGGUAAGUUGAGCCUUAAAGUUAUAUAAGGGUAAGCUUACAUUCAUAAACCAAAAAGGAGGUCGAGGAAAAUAUCAGGAUGCUUUUUUUUAUCAAAUCGUUUUUUAUUUCACUUAAGGGUUCAUAAUAUAGUUUUUGUUUUAUAACUUGACAUUUUAUUUCAGUGCAAGUGUUUUUAUAUCGCUAAAGUUAGGUUCAUUGUAGAAGAAAGCCACCACUAACAGCGAACGUUUAGAACGGAAAAAGAAUCACGAAAUUUUCGAGUUUUCUCAUGUUCGCUGGUCUCCGCGCUAAAUGAGUUGCCAUGCAAUGUAUGAUUUGGUAUCAAUUCGCUUUUAUUUAAAGUAACAUUAUACGUCUUUCAAUGAAAAUAUUAUUCAUUUUUCACUUUAAGUGCGUGGAAGGAUUAUUUUAUGCGCAAAGUAUUUUACAGAAGGAAGUUGUUUUAUGACUCUGGUAUAACCGUGAAGUGAAUAUCAACUUACUUUUAUGCUAAUGUCAAGAACAUCAGUUGGCGUCUGCUCAGCAUAAUGAUGAACUUUUUCCAGUAUACGGUUUUUCUCACAAGAAGCUACAAAGAGUCAUCGAACAUAAAUUAGUAAUUUGGACCCGAAGGAUUUAGCUUACAUGUAUAUGCGACAUCCCUGUUACCACAAUAAGCUAAGAAAAGUUAAGAUUAAACACCAAAACAACUCUUAUAGAUAUAUAUGCUUCUAAUAAUAAAUAUUCAAAUGAAAAACUGUAAAGGCGGCGGGCGGUGAUCUAAUAAAAUAAGAGAAGAAAAGGGUACAAGCACAAAAUUAUCCUCCAAGGACCCAUACAUGCCCACAUUGCAGCACAGAAUAUUCAAAACCACUAUGAAAGCUUAGGUGAUUAAGUUUGUUUUGAAUAGUUGAGAAAAAAUAUCUGUAGUGAGUCCGCUUUAAGGUAAAAGCUGCAGUUAAACAGAGGUAUAUCGUUUUAUAUUAUAUUACCUGUUCCCGAUCAAUUGGCUGUUUCCAAACUAGAACAUUUUGCAGUGUUCUCCCUAAAUUUUAGCUUAGCAGGUAAGGGACCAUUCUUGAUCGGUAAGGCCAAAAAUAUGUGCCAGAGGAGCACUUUCCUGCCAGGGGAGGGGCUUCGCGUUCAUGAAGGCUUUUAUUUUCGAGCAUCCUGUCCACCAAUUGACCGAAAAGUCUUUUAAACACCUCAAAACAAAGAAUUUUACGAAUGAAGGCUGCCUUUGCUGCUAGGGUCAAUUUAGUAACACAAGUCGCAGAAGUCGCGAACUUUUCCUGCUGGUAGAAAAAGCUUAGAAUUGGGACAGAAGCCCACGAAUGAAUCGUUAGCUUGCAGUGCUUUGAAAGGUGCCAGUCAGCAUUUAAAUAAAGUAAUUAGGGAGAAUAGCUGUGUUUUUCUGUAUUUACUUCCUUUUCUUGCGGGGAUCAGCUUGGAUCACAACUUGCAUAUUUUUUGAAAACCAUUUAUUUAAUUUUAGUAACACUUCAAGUAGCCUGCGUAGCAUGGCGGUUUUGGUUGGGCGCGCUAAGUAAUAAAGGCGGGCAAGGGCAGACAAACUGCGAGGAGAUUGGGACGGGAGCAACUUGAAAAACCGCCUGCACGGACGGGGGGCUUUUUUGAGUCGGUCCGCACGCCAGCGUACGGAUCGUUCCGAUUGGUUCGGAAUGUUCGCCUGUCAAUCAAAUAUUUUGGUAAUCUCCCAUGGGAGAGUUUCAAGGGACUGAACAAAUCAUCUCCGCAAAACAAAAUCAAAAUAUCAAAGAAGCGUUGACCGGAGCGUCGUCGGUCUUGAAUAUUUGACGGGAAAACAGGGCAAUUGUAUUGAAGCCUAAACAGGAAAUGGCCAUUUACAGUCUUCUUCAAAGGAGAGAUGUCAUGGAAAUUUUGUCAACAAGAUUUGGCAAGAGCAUGAUCUUUACUGUCUUUGCUAUGGCCAAAGAAGAAAUAUCCUCAUCGAAAACCUGUAUGAUUACAAUUUCCCCUCUAAAACGUACUAUCGACGACCAGAUAUCUGAAAUGUUGUCGCUGUGCUGUAAAGCAAUGGACCUUAUGACAGAAACAGUAAAUUUCAGUGCUUCGAGAAAGUUCACCUCAAUUUUCUCCAUUACUCGGUGUUAGAGAAUAACGCACUCCAGCGCAAUACAUCGAACGGUGUCCGCGAUUGUGGUCGAUGAAUCGCAUACGGUAGAAGAAAGACGCACAGCGUAAUUCUCCAUAUUUUUUCUCCAUAUUUUUUUUUGCUUGGUGUAGCUUAAGCUACAACUCAAAUCUGAAGAUCGCGCUAUACGUAAAAAUACAACAUCCUGCAAACAACACUUACAAAGCCGGGUCCAGCAUCCAAACAUUCACGGACAAAGCAGUGACAGAAACUACAAACCAAGGCUCCUUGGUUUGUAGUUGUCCAGAUCCAGGCAUUUUAGUCGGAAAAGACCAAAGAAACUAAAAUAUUUAUCUGCCGUAAUAAAAAGCUUUAGGCUUUAAGAGUGGUCAAAGAAAUUAGUACUUUACAACUGCAUCUGAGAUCAACAAAUUCUAAUUAGCGAAAAUAACAUUAACCACAGGAAAUAAUUACUCAAUAUGGAUUAAACAAACCAACUCCAUGACCUCUAAAUAAAUGUAAGACUUAGUGCAGCAAAAAUAAGAUCUACUCAGUCAAGUUUAGAAUGCAGUGUAGUCACCUAUGCGCGAGAUAGCCACAAAGAAAAAACCCGUGUUUGUUCAAGCAAACUCCAAUUCCGGCCAAGGUCAUGUUUUACACUAUAUCACGAGCUUUUGUGUCGUGUUUAGGCUGUCAACACUUUAUUUCUGAUUGGCUGGGAAAACUGAAACCAAAUAAGUUGUCAACAGAAUGUCAAAAUGAGUUGAAGGGGGCGGCAGCUGAAAAGGCCACAAAUCCGGGCAGGCGGUUUUUAUUUUUCUCGCGGCUUCGCCGCUCGUUCUCGCGCACUUCGCACACGAAUUUCGCGGCUACGCUGCUCCUGCGCCCGGAUCGACAAAACCGCCAUGCUACGCAGGCUACACUUCAAGAGGUUGCAGGCAGUAAGAAGUGUUGCUUCAAGCGGUAAAUUUUACCGGUUACCACCUGAUAAGGAGAACACUGUUGUGUGGUAUAAGUCAACAUUGUAUGGCUUGUUUAGAGUCAGGGCUGCUGUCACUACGAAAAUUCAAGUUGCUGGGUAUAAUAAUUGGGAGCUUAAGCAAGGACGACAGUGAUGGCAAUAUGAGAACGACGAAAAAUGCAGUAGGUUUAGAUUGCAAAACAACAAUUUUGCAGGUGUCAUGCUAUGUUGUACAUUUCUUUGCUGUCUCUGCACAACCACAGUAUGAUGUGAAACUUCCAUAUUUCACAUUUUAUGAAGGAUGUGAACAUAGGACAACAAUUUCUUUUUCUUUUUGCUAACUUAGUUACAGUCCUUUAGAGUUCAACUCAUGAAAAAAUUGCCAAUACUAUAAAUGACCUAAUAAAUGCCCACUUCCAAAAUGAAAGCCUCUUAUCUAAUAAGCGUCCCCUCUAUGCUGUUAAAAUGAUUAGAUGCCCCUCUCUAAUAAAUGUCCUUUGUCUAAUAGGCGCUCCCUAUGAGGAUUUACUCCAAAAUACUAGGAAUUAACAAAAAGGAGCAAUAUCUCAUUCAUUCAGUUUCUUGCUUGAUUAUCCCGGGUUUGCCUAUGUCGAUCAUCUUGUACAUGUACAGUGUCAAGUUCAUAGUAAGGAUACACUAAUGAAAGCAACACAAUAACCCUAAGAGAGGAUUCUGACAUCGAUGUUGGGAUUUGAAAGAGCAAUAUGGAUCUCUAGAUGGUCUAAUCCUAUAGAUUGAUGGAAAGGAUAUUCCGCUAUUUUUAAGUUCUCUUGAUAUAUUUGCUGAAAGCAUAUUAGUUUUGUUGAGCUUGUUACAGUUUUUUUAUGAGAACAAAUGCCUCUCUCCUUUAAAUGCCUCCUAUCUAUUAAAUGCCCCAAUAUGGACCCCUAAAAUUAACAAGAAUGGCUGAAAAUUGAUUUUAUCUAGACUGCCGAAGGAAGUUUUUCCUGGGGGAGGGGGUGCUGUACCACAUAACCUUGUUGCUGAUCGUUGCGUGACAUAGUAUCUCAUGUGAGAGUUUAAAGCAGAAACUCUUUUGCAACAAGAAAAAUGAGAACCAUUUCUAAGUCGGGGCUGUGUAGUAACUUUUCAAAUUCCACCCUUAAGAAUAUUUAAGUAAGCAAGUUAGCCAAUCUAAGCAGGAAACAAUAAGUGUUACUUUCAUGGACCCCUCCCCCAAUCCCUCUGCCCCCCAAAAUAUAGCGUGACAGUAAAAUGUGUCUAAUUUGACCUAAAUGGAAAUUCCAAAAGUUAGUGUCGUUCUACAGGUCAGAAAAUGCUGUUAAUAACAAUCAGUACAUUUCUCAAAUUAAAACUAACAAAGCAAAUUAACUUUAAGUUUUGUUUUGGCUGAUAUUGUGUUAUAGUGAAUGUAUACUGUUUUGAUGUAGUGAUCUACAAUGAGCACAUUCCCUAGUACAUUCCUCUCCUGUAAGGAAUGACUUUUCACACGCAAAGCAAGAACUGAAUAAUGUAGAGACAUUGGCCAUCACAUUUUAAUGGUUUAAAGCUCAACAUAAAGCGAAGAGAAACCUUAAAAAACCUUAAAAGCAACCCAUCCUACCGUCUUUUGUGAAAAGGGCACUGGUAAAAAAUGCCAAUGUGAUAACUUGAGAGACGUCUUUAUUCAAUGGAUGUACACACACACACUCUAGCCAUACACAGAGAGAUUUGCAAUCACGUUUUGGAAGGGAAAAAACUCAUCAAAGGUUUAAACUUCAACAAAUAGUGAAGAAAAACCACAAAAGGUAUUUAUCAAACUUAGCAUCUUUUGAAGAAGACAAUGAAAAAGCACAGUACGCCAGCUUCAAACACAUCUUCAUUUAAUGGCUGCCUUUGCUUAACAUGCUUUAUAGUUACUAAGUCUAUAAUUGAUCGUGUUUAUCGUCACGACAAUGAAAUUCUCCAGGGGAGUACUCCCUUACAUUUGCCUUAUCGAUGUUGAUCUUAAAAAGAGUCUACAGUCAGGAUUAAGAGAAUGAGUCGACACAUCCCCACAACGAUUUUAUUGCUAGGGAUACCCCCGGGAGAAAAUCAAAGGUAUUUUUUUAACUGGGCCAGCCUACGGCAAGCCCAGUUAAUUAGUUGCCCCAGGCAUUUAUUAGGUCAUUAAUGGUAUUUGACAAAUUUAGAGAGAAAGUUUGAAUUAGCACGAAUUCACUUUUUGGGUGAUGUUUUUGAUGCUGUUGCUGUCAUCGAUGGUUAAGCUCCCUAUUACUACUGGUAGGCUGGGAAAUGAACAACCAGGAAGUUAUUUUGGUUUGGUUAAGCCCUUAGUUUAAUAGCCCUGCUAGAACAGUGUCUGGAAGGGUAUUCUCGGGGUUCCAAGAUUUGACUGAAAUACAGUGCGAGGUUGGGAAAACAUAAGCAUUCUUGACAGGAUACGGGAUAUAUAUGACCUCCACGUAGAAAGUAUGUUGUCCAAAAUUCUUGGCAGGGGUUGCGGUAUUGGGAUGGAAAACAGUAUUUGUAGCAGAGAUGACAGAAAUUCAGGAUGUGGAAUUGGUGUGAAAAAGGAGUGGAGAUGUAGAGUGAAUCAACAAUAACCUUGCCGAUGCACUGUUUCUUGCCUGUGGGUAGCAUCACUGUUCUACCUGGUAGCCUACCCAAUUCUCCAGCAUAACAGGCAAUCUCCCUGUAUUUAGAGCUAUGCAUGUGUAUAAUUUAACAAUACCUGUACACGGAAAUGGUGUAUCUUAAGGUCUCUAAUAUCUCCCUAUUAUAUAACAAUAAUAAUUGUAAACCUGUUAUCCUGUCUGGCUUACCUAUUCCCAAGCUAGAUUUUUGUCAGUUUUGUUGAGCAGCAUUAAAUGAGUGUUCCAUCAAGUUAACUUGGUAAGAAAGUUAAUAAUUAAAACUCCCCACAAACACAAAAGUAAUAUAUAGCUUGACCGCGUCAGGAUUAGCUCAGUCAGUAGAGCGUUUGACUAGAGAGCAGGAAGUCGCAGGCUCAAUUCCGGGGGCUGCACCAUUACUCAGGGUCUUAAAAUAACUGAGAAAUGAAGGUACUCCUUUUGCACUGCAAGCGGCUAGACCAUUGCGUGGCUCAAGCGACCACAUUAAAUGUCGGUCCCUUCUCCAUUAGGAGAUGUAAAGGUAGUGUCCCCAGUACUUGCGUGCUAAAUACAUUGGCACUCAUAUAAAGUGCAUUUUUUUUUCGCCAGUGAGCUGCAGUCAAAAUCAAAAAGGCUUAUAGGUAGAUUUAUAUAACUAUUUGUGAACACUUGCCUCAGUCCCCUUGGUGUCUUCUUUAAUAGUGUUGUGAUCAUUCUGGUGUUUCUAUGAUUUAUAGAUAUCUUGCUACAACUCACUUCGAGCCAACUGAUGCGAGGAAUGCCUUUCCAUGUUUUGAUGAACCCGACAUGAAAGCCAAUUUUACCAUUGUAAUAAAAAGAGAGAAACGUCAUGUAGCAUUGGCCAACAUGCCGCUGAGUCACACUGAAGGGGUAAGUUUAUGUAGGUGUUAGUAGUUUGUAUUGAAGUUCUAAAUAAUGGAUGAAGGUUACAUGUAUAAGGGUGGGGAAUGACGGCACCCUGAAAGGUUUCAGCUAGUGUCAAAGAUACUUCCCUUGUGGUUUCUCUAUCUACAUCUCAUAGCGUACCAUGGAACCGGGACGUACAGUUAACUUAACUGAGUUUGCACAUAGUUAAUGUGCCAGCUUAUUUUUCUCAGCUUUUUCAUAAGUGUUGGCCCAGAAAGGAAUCACACUGGAGUAUUUUACUGGGAAAUCUAGAACCCAACCAUUUGAGGCAACUCAUUGGUGGUAUUGAGAAUUUAAGUUGUUGAUCAUGAAGAAUUGCUUUUAGAAAUUUGCUUAAUUUUCAGGCAACUCUCUCUAAAAGACACUACAAUAACACUUCUAUAAGACAGACACCUUAAGUCCCUAAAAUACUGGUGGACACCUGCUGUUAGUCAGUCCCUGUUAUUCUUUAGUCAUUGUCUUUGGCUUUUUAAAAUCCUCACCUUUAUUCCUAAAAAGAAAAAUUACAGCCUGGUUCCUACAGAAUAAUACAUCUUAGAAAGAGUCUGUCUGUAGUAUGGUGUUAUGCAAAUCUGUAAUCAAAUUAAGAGUUUAAGUUAUUAGCUAGACUUCUCUGGUCAUUAAUUGGUUUAGUUGUGAUUGUUUGGUGCACAUUGGUUUGAUUUACAAGAAAACUAUAGCCAUUAAACUCUAGGCUGCUUUUUUGUUGGGCUUUAAUCAUUCUCUUUAAUGUGUUUUUCAGUGUAAAAAUGACAAUGAACUUUGUACGGACCACUUUAAACAAAGUGUGAAGAUGAGUACUUAUCUUGUCGCAUUUGUUGUCUGCGACUUUAAAAGCAUAACAAAUUACACUCGUAGAGGCGUCAAGGUAACUUCUUGAUUUUAUUACAUGUGUACUACUACCUUAAUGGGAUGUAGGUUUACAUAAAUAGUGCUUUUUUGAGGGAGGAAAUCAAAUUCAAAAUUAGUCAGAAUAAACUGACAGUACUAGUUUUUUGAUAGCCAUUUCAAUACAAAUGUAAGCUUUAAUAUGAUAUGGAGCUUUAGGUGUCUGCAGUUUAACCGGAAUGCCAUACAUCACUUGCACAUAAGAAACCCCUGAAGGAAUCUAGUAACCUUAAUACCAAUGUUUAGUAAAACUAGCGGAAUAGCAGGGAGCACUUAUUUGAACUUGAAUGCUAAUUUUAGAGUGAAAGUUACCUGUUUGUUUACCUUAUAAUUUAUCUUGUUGAAUUUUGUUGCACCUGAAAAUAUUCACACAUGUAGAUGUACAGCUGUACAACCUCCUCAUGGAACGUACAAUGUGAAUUAUUCCCCCUUAUGUGUAAUAUGAAAAGAGGUUUCCUCUGUCUUUCAAUCUACAGGAACCUCCUUUGAAGGUUAUUUUCUGACCUUCAACUUUUGACAAAAUAUUUCAUGCUGUUUUUAGGUUAGUGUCUGGGCACCUCCAGAACAGAUUGAUCAAGGAGAAUUUGCUCUAAAAGUAGCUGUAGAAGUUCUCCAGUAUUAUGAGGAAAUUUUCCAGGUAGACUACCCAUUACCAAAGCAAGGUAUGCAAUUUUCUUGUAUCCUGAUUUAAUUUUAUCCAUGUACUAAUAUUAUUAAAGUACUCAACAUAUCUGCCACUGCAAAGUUUGGUGAUAUGUCUAACUUGCAUUAAUUGUCAGAACUAGCCAGUCAGACCACUCCUAUCAUAAUGAAAAUUUUUCUGGUUAUCGAAAUUGUUCAGCCAGAUCAGUCAAUUCCUACAACAAUAUGCAUGGGUUUGAUGGUUUUUAAGCAAAAACUCUUUGAAAAAGCCUUUUCACUUUUUUAAAUGACAGGUUCAGCUGGCUAGUACUGACUUUUUGAAAAGCACCCUUUGUGUGUGAAAGUUGCAUACAGUGUAGCAGCUGUCUUUCAAAUUCAAGUUUUGAUCUGUUUUCAUUCAAACACUCCUGUGACUGCAUGUGUGAUGCAAUAUACCAUACAUCUACAUGCAUGAUGAAGAAAGAAAGCAUAGAAAUAAGGAAUUUAUUAUUUCAUUUACUAUUAAACUAUAUUAUUCAUGUUCUGAAAUGCUUAUUGGCUUGUAGAGUAAUCAUGUAAACUACUAGUUACAUAUUUGUAUGUAAUGUGUUGCUAAGAGUCUUACAAUGUGCUUCAAAUAACUAUUUACCGUGAAAGUAAAAAUUAGUUAACUAUUAUUUAGUUUAUUAUUUACCGUAUACCCGCAGAUAGCAAUUAAUGAAUUAGGCUGAGUAGGAUGUGAAGAAUUAUGCAGAUUGAGGACUUGGAUGUUAUUCACUUUGGGCCUUUAGCCUUGGUGGAUAACGUCCUCCAAGAUCUGCAUAAUUCUUCACAUCAUACGAAAACUGAAUUCAAAGUAAUAUUGUUUUAUUAUUCAUUCAAAAUAAUUAUUUCUAAGUUCUUGACAAGCUUAACUUCUUGUAGACUUCUUUCAAAACAUCUUGGCCUAUUUCUUGGCAUGGUUUCAGGAUGUAAACAGAUCUUUUUCCUUGCAGAUGCUCCUUAAAAAGUAGAUUACAUCCAUCAAACAAUAUGUUUUGACUAUUCUUUCAUUUCUCCCGCUCAGUUUAUGAGUUAGUUAGAAAUUCAACUAUUUCAUCUUCAGAUAGUUGUGGAAUAAAAAGCUAGGCUUUCCUGCCUGGAAAGGAGGUUGAUCGAUGGUACAUCAUAGUUAUGGUAUAUCAUAUUAAUGUAUACCAUCAAACCCAUGGUAUGUUGCUCGCAUCUUCCAAAUAUGUAACCGCCAGUUGGUUAUGAAGAAUGAGCUGGGAGAUUGGAGCCACUCAGAAACUGCAAAAUAUUUUGAGUGAAUAAUAAUAACAUAUAUCAAUUGUGAAAAAGAAGUACACAGUAGAGAAGCUGUUCAGCAUUCUAAGAAAAUAAUUAUUACAUACAUUAUAUCCUGGAUCCACUUUUAAAAUAAUAGAUCUCAUUGCCAUUCCGGACUUUGCUGCCGGAGCCAUGGAGAACUGGGGUUUGAUCACUUAUCGAUUGACUUCCCUGUUGUAUGACAAGCAUAAGUCAUCAGACUCGAACAAGCAGUGGGUUGCUGUUGUGGUUGCACAUGAGCUUGCUCAUCAGGUUUGUAAAUUGCUCAAAAAAAAGUGUAUGUGAGAGUGUUCGGAAAAGCACUGAAAAAUUUGGUGAUUGUCUAGGUCUCUGUCUUUCUUCAGGUGCUGGCUUUUUUUCCUUGUUCUGUUUUAUUGUUUUUGCCUUUGCUCUGGCUUAUGUAGCUGAAAGCUUUUUUUAUUUUCAGUGCUUUAACUGUAAGUUUUUUUGCCUGUGUUUUUUUUUGUGUCUUAGUGCAUGUAUCUUAAAUGAAAAAAUUCAAACUGGGAUUAAGAUCAAAAUCACUGCCAAUUACCUGUAGGUCAUUCUUUUCUUGAUACUCCCCAUGCAAAUUUUGUUGUUGUUGUUAUUUUUGAUCAAAAAUGCAUAUGCAUGAAAACUUUCUGUUGUGCCAUCUAAUAAUACAGAUGUAUAUAUUACAUUGGUACAAGACUGCAUGAUUACCUGAAAAAAAAGAAAGAAAAAUUGGACAUAUGACCUCUUUCAGGAAACCAAUUCAGGCAGUUUGGUUCUUGUCUGUGGUCAAAGUUGUGAAAAUGGUUGAUUAUGAAAUUUCAUAGUGUGUUCUUUGCAAUAUUGUUUUUGUCCAUUAUGCUCUUUUGGUAUUAUCACCUCUAAUACCAUAACCUCAACAACUGCUGACCAUUAGUUUGUUUGCUGUAGAACAGUGCACCAGUAAAACUUUGCUGCAUCUGCACAAUGCCAUAACAGUUUUUUUGCGUGCUAUUUUGUUUUAUAAAUAAGUUUAACUCAGCUGUACAGACAUGUACCUUAAAUUUGAAUAACUUUUAAAAUAUUGAUCACUAAUGAAAUAAUAAAGUAAAGCUACUGAUUAACUUCAUUUCUCUUUAAACAACAUGUAUUUUGUUAUUAACGUUUUUAAAAAGAGCCUUGCACUAAGUUAGAAGGGACAGUCCGUAGAUAAUGAUUUAUUAAAAAUCAGUAAAUUUAAAACAUACAAGUGAAAGACGGUGAUCAAGCUCUCGGCUGCCCAUUGUGCUUUUAUAAUGAGAGAUUGUAAUGUCUCACUAUAAAUGUGAUUUUGAGCACUCGUAAAGAUAUCAGGGAAAUAAACAUUUAAGCAAAAUAAUAAACUCAUUCUAAAUAUAAAAAUGUUAAAGUAUGCGUGGCUUUGACAUGAAUACACAAUUAUUAUAACAGUGAUCAACUUCUAUUGUUGUGGACAUGCUCAGGACGUAAAGUUAGUGGUACAACUGUAAUUAUUAUAGCAAUAGUCUGUAAAUGUGCUGAAUAUAAAACCACACAUUGCAAUUCUAUGUAAAUCACCUAAAAAAAAAUGAUUAUACCAUAUGUAACAAGCUUCAAUUUUUAAAUGUAAGGUUAAUCGUAACCUUCCAAGGAAAGUGUACACUAACGGCUUUGCAAACGGCUUUCUCACCCGUUCGAACGGGUUUAUCGAACGGCUGAACGGGUUAUGAAGUAUUCCGAACUGCUAACAUGAACGGGUGAACGGCUCACUCACCCGUUUGAACGGGUUGACAUAAACGGGUUCAGAUACCUCAUGAUGAACGAUGGUGUCAUAUUAUCCUUCCGAAGGAAUGGACAAAUUUGGUCCAAUUUAGGUUAUGUUGAAAACUGUCCUGAUGUGUUAACAAAACGAGAAAGCAGUUAAGUUUUGAUAAACAGGACUUUGUACUUCUUCUACUGAGGCAAGACUCGAAUUUAAAGGAAAGUUGCCAUUUGUUUACCUUUGCUGUGGUGUGCAUUAUAAUGGCUUAGAUUUGUCAUACAAAUGGAAACACCCAUUUUCAAUUUCAAAGAAAAUUGGUAGAUACAAAACUGCUUUGCAUUAAAUUUGUGAAAGAAAAAAUACAUGUGAUGACAUCCAAAACUAAUAAUAUUAUUAUAGUGCGAAGCCUUUUAGAAAUGGUUUUGUUAAACAAUUUGUUAAAUAAGAAUAAAUUUAAAUUAUAAAUUAAAGAAAAAACAUACCUUAAUUUUUUUAAAAGGAAUUGAAUUUUAAAGUUAUGAUCUUCAUACUGUUAUGGUGUUGUAUGCAGACCUUAUUGCAGUACCUGAUUUUCCCACUGGAGCAAUGGAGAACUGGGGUCUUAUCACUUUUAAGUUGACCUCAAUCCUCUAUCACCCGGGCAAGUCGUCGGACAGCAACAGACAAUGGGUUGCAGUGGUUGUGGCACAUGAGCUAUCUCACCAGGUUAACUAGCUUACAAAUGAAUUUAUCGCUUUCAGUCGGCUUUGACCUGGCCAUAAGUUACUAUUUUUUUUUACCAAUAAUUGAAUUGAUUGAACUUCAAACCUCAUGAUUAAUAAUCGUAAAGUAGACUGUUCACAGUCCCCUAUUUUUCUGAUGAUCGUCUUAAUCUAGCGCUUUGUGUUAUGGACGGCCAUCUUGGAUCCAGUGAGUUUCAAAUUUACAGUGUACUUAAGUGGCCAGGGACGGCGCGGGUGUAAACCACAAUGCUCCCCCCCCUCGGUACAUCAGAAACCAAGGUGACCACCCCUACCGGUAUUUUAAGUGCUUGAUCCUGACCAUCUAAUGAAGAAAUAGGGGAGUGUGAACGGCCUAUCAUAAAGAAGAUGUAAAGGAAAUAAUGACUGUUUGAUGGCUCUUUUUAAAUCAGCAAAACAGGGUUGAGUUUUUUUUUUUUGCUGGAUUUCUUUUUGGAGAAAUACUGAAGCCAAGGAUCACUGAAAAAGUAAAUCAAGCCCCAAGAAACAAGGGUUCAUCCCAUGUUUUAAAUUUGAUGAAACAAUCCCUGUGUUUUAUUCAACUAUACUGCACUUUGACAGUAGGAAAUCAAAUUUUGAAAGAACUACAAUUUACUGAUCUAUUUUGAAUCACUCAAUAUGGUGUAUUUCAAUUUCAGUCAACUAUGUCAACAUUUUUAAAAGGUGAUCAAGUUAUAAUUUAAGGUUUUUGUCAGUGAUUGUCACGUCUGUUUCUGGGUUUGUUGAAGUUAAAUUUUCAAACGUUAUUCAUUCCGUCAGUACACUUUUUGCCGUAGUUUACUGAAAGAAUGUUUAAUCUCCACCAUGCUAAUGUCUGUAUACUUAGUUUAUUUCCUACUUGGUCAUUUUCAGUGGUUUGGUAAUUUAGUGACAAUGAAGUGGUGGAAUGAUCUAUGGUUGAAUGAAGGCUUUGCCAGUUUUAUGGAAAAUGUUGGUGUGAAUCAUGUUGCCCCUGAGUGGAAGAUGAUGGAUCAGUUUCUCCUUGAUAAAUUUCAAGUUUCCAUGUCUCUGGAUCAACUAACCAAUUCACACCCUAUUAUGGCUCAAGUUAGAGAUCCAGCACAGAUCAAUUCUCUAUUUGAUUCAAUUUCCUAUGAUAAGGUAGGCACAGCACAUUCAGUCGUUGAUGUUCAAAUUUGGGUAGAUUCUCUGUUUUUGAUUGCAAGUUUCACAUUCUGCAACCAUUAACAAAUUUUCAUACUUUUUGUUGUCACUACUUACUGUUUACUAAAUAAAUGUUAAUUGAUAGUGUCACCAUCAAUUUUCUGUUUUAAUGUUUUUGGCUAAAAACUGUACCACAGUGGAGUAAUACAUUGUACCUGUAGUAAAACAAACGAACGGAAAUAGUGAUUUGAUUGGUUUAUUGAACGGAUACAAACGCGCGUGGCUUUUGGUUGGUUAAGCGAACGCUCAGGUGAAAAAACUUCAUGUCCGAGAACUUUCUAGAAAUCAACCGAUACUUCGCUUUGAAGUCAUACUGCAACACGACUGGCCAAUCGAACAAUGCCUUCUCCAUAUUAGGGUUUUCUUUGGCAGGAAAACUAAGAGUCCAUCUUUUAAUCGUUUCGUCCACUGGCUGAUAAAACAAAUAACGAACACUUACCAGAAAAAGUUUUCAAGGUCAUACAAAAAUCGCUCUACUUUGUAGUUUGAUCUUAAUCAUACAGUAAUUUCACUGUUUUAGGGCGCAUCGAUUAUCAGGAUGUUACAGGAUGUUUUGGGAAAGGAUGAUUCUGGAAAGGAUGUUUUCUUCAAAGGAUUGCAACACUACCUUAAGAAAUACAGCUUCAGUAAUGCUGAGACAAAUGAUCUAUGGAGGUGCCUUGAACAAGCAAAACAGGGUGGAAAGGUGAUUAGCACAAUACCAAGUUGCUGUAAAUAAUCAAAACGUUUCAGUUAUGGAUACUCUCUUAAGUGUUUAGGAUGACGAUGUUGGCAUUUGCCAUUGUUUUUAUCAUCCUGUAAGUGAGCGAUCACUUGAACCAUUUUUCUUCUUUAUGGAACUUUUAGUGACAACAUGAAACUACACGUGUUGUUAAUUAAAGAUUGCAUGCAGUGAAUUUCCUUAUGAAAUGUAGCUUCAGGGAACCCGUGUGGUGUGAUAGCUUGUGAUUCUCGUAAGUGACCACUAAAAUUUCGCAUGUUGGGUUGUCGCUUAUAGAGGGUUUGACUGUAUUUAAACUGCCAAUUCUAUGACAGGAUCAAGGACUUGAUGUUUCUUCCAUGAUGAACACUUGGACAAGUCAAAUGGGCUUUCCUGUCAUCAAUGUAUCGAGACGUGACAGUAAUCCGCUUGUUCUUGAUGUCCAGCAACAGCGCUUCCUCAUUCAUCCGUUUAAUAAACCUGAAGCUGAUAGGUAAGUAAGCACAUUCCUUAUGGUUAUCGUUAUUCUCAGGUCUGCAUUUUCCUAUUCAUCCCUUUUUCAAUCCUAUGAUUUUAAUAAUACAGCAGAUCUAACAGUCAGUUGAGAAAUCCUUCACCAAUCAGUCUGAGCUAACAGAGCUUAUUGCUUGAUUUUCUAUAGUUUCCCUUGGGAAGUGCCUCUAACUUACGUGACACAAGACUCUCCCAACCUGAGACAUAAAGUUAUGUUUAAGACAAAGGAUGCAGUUGGUAAGAGCCAAUAAUCUAUUUCUUCUGGGGUGGGGAGGGAGAGGGGCUGGUAUACCCUGGUGGUAAGAGUUUGUUUGAAGAAAAUUCAGGGUUUGAAUAAAACUUAAAUUCAAUGUCAAUGUGAUUCUUUUCAGGUGCAAAGCGUUAUUAAUUAAAAGAAGCUCGUUAGUGUAACUAACUCAGUCGUAAAAAAAUCCAAUCUAUCCGUCAGACGUUUGACCGUGUUGGAUGUCGUUUUACUGUCAUGGGACAUAAUUGUGCUUGACUCCACUUUCAUAACUCAUUCAUGACUUCUUAACCCUUUAAGCCCCAAUAUCCACAUACAAAUUCCCCAAACUGAUCUCCAUACAUUUCCUUUUAGAAUUAGUUGAGAGAAUUUGAUGGCAGAUCAAAGCAUUUUCUCUUUAGUGAUCAUUUUAUACAUUCUCAUAACCUAAUCUAUUGACAAGGUAUGAGUAUUGUUGGGAGAAAAUUGAUGUUGGUCACCAUUGGGACUUAAAGGGUUAAGUGACAUUUACAAAGAUAGUUCAAUAGCGUUACAAUGUAAGGGCUUUGCUUUAGUUGAUUUGCCAGAGGCAACUCGUAAUCAAUCUUGGAUCAAGAUGAAUGCUGGCCAGACUGGAUUCUAUCGUGUGAACUAUGAUGAGAAUAACUGGAGAAAACUUGCUGACCAACUGAAUACAGAUCACAAGGUAAACAACAUCAGUUGUCCACUUUAUUUAUAUAGGGAGCUUAGGCAACCACCACGGCGACGGCAACGGCAACAAAAACGGCAGAAAAGCAAUAGGUUUAAUAAACAAAACAACUCGUCACGUGCAUCACUCUUUUGUGUACAUUUCUUUGCCGUCACUGCACGACUACGACGUGAAACACUUCCCUGUAGAAGAAAAACCUACUUAUAACGCAUUCCUCUCAAAUUCAAAAAGAGUUGCGGAGAGCACUUAUGAGAGAUACCCAAGCAGCACCGACAUUGAGUGUAUUGUUACUUUAUUUGUUUUAGAAAUUCACUGCAGCUGACCGCGCAGGAUUGUUGGAAGAUGCCCUGAACCUUGCACGGCAAGUUUACUUUGUUGAUUUCUUAGUUGACAAGGCUUGAGUUAAGCUCAAGGAACAGUAGCUUCAACGCCCCGAUAAAAUUAAUACUGUAUAAUCACUUGCUUUGGGUUACCUCCCAUGUGCGGAUGGAUUUUAGUAAAUUCUAUUGAUGAGGCUUGCUUACCUUUAUGUCAAAGUUUCUUUGUUCUAAUCCUGAGAAGUCGUUGAUAUUGAAGAGGUCUGUUAAUCAAUACUUUAAACGAAAUGCUGUGUUUGUAAAUGUCAUUAAGAGUUGAUGAAUUGAAAACAAAGAAUUUCAGAACUAAAGUGUAAAGCUACGUGCAAGCGGACGCAAUAUUGUUGGUUAACAACACCCAGCAGUGUUGUAUGUUACAUGUUGCGUCCGUUUUCACAUUCUGCCGCAUGUUGUUACGCAAAGUUUGAAACCGAUCAAUGUAUAGAGCGUUUUCAUUCACGUGGCUAGCAUCUAUGCAAACUUAUGGGAACAAGCGCGGACGUAAACAAAACGUUCAACUUUUACUGGAUUGGUUUGGAGCACCAACAUGGCCGCGUUUCAUUGUUUUGGUACACCAAUAUGGCUGCCGUGAUUUCAUGUGAAAACGCUCUGUUUGUUCAAGAUGGUAUGAUUUUCUUGAUUUUGAAUCUUAAUGUUUCAUUAUUUAGGAGUGGCAUGUUAGAUUAUGACUUAGCGUUGGAUCUCACUCCAUAUCUGGUGAACGAAAAGGAUUAUGUUCCAUGGAUGUCAGCGUUAAAUAACUUGGCUUACAUUGCCACGCAGUUUUCCACUUUGGACUCAGAAAACAAUGAAAAUACACACUAUUACCUAGCGUACAAGGUACAGUAAUGCUGACUUACAUUUCCACAUGGCUUAGAGUGAGUGAAAUGAUGCAAUUUAUGACAGAUGUGAUUUAGAGGAAAACUGGUGUGAUUCGUGAAUAAAUCACAUUACUGCUGAGAGCCGAUCAGAUUGCAAGGAUCACCAGUGAUUUCAAAAUGGAAGUAAUAUUGUAGUUAUCAUGUCCUAACUUUGAACGCUCAGAGACUUUACAUUGCUUUUUUUACAAAACGUUAAAUAAACGGUUUCCAAAUUUUGAAAUUCCUUAACUUCGCAAUGACAUGACAAUUUCAUGACGUAGUUGUCAAUCAUGUCAGAAACUUUUUAACGGAGUUGUGAAUUCGACGUGCAGCGAAACUAGAAAUUAGACAGUUUCGAAAUUCCCGAGGUUUUGUCAAUAACUGCACUGAAGGGGAAUCCCAUAAUUCCUGUCGCAAGAUUUCCAGAGAGAAAAAGAUUUUUUUAAUAGAGGUGAAUUAAUGAGGACACAGAUACGUGUUUUAUCGUUCUGAUGAAUUCCAGUUUUCAGUCGACGGGUAGUUUGUUUGAGAAUACCAGUUUUCUCACCUUGUGUUAUUCCAUUUUUUAUUGUCUGUAGAGAUACAUCUACCGUCUUCUUCAAAAUGUUGCCACAGAUUUGGGAUGGGAGGAGCGCAACAGCGAUACGCAUUUGGAGAGGUAACGUUGGGUACAAUUGAAUUACAGUUCUUCUAAUUUAUUGAAAAAAAGGCACCCGAAGAGUCGAUCAAAUUUUACCUUUGCCCGCGAUACUUCAUACAAUUCAUUUACGCGCGUAAAAUUUACACGUAAAAUUUACGCACCAGUGGAAAUCCACCCUUAUAUGCCAGGCGGAUAACACUCAGAUCUAUAUGAUAUUUUGUUCAUUAUUUGGAGGGACUCCAAGUCUAAAAUUGAAUCGUGCAUACAGAAUACCGAAUGCGCAUUCAGCGUUAUAAAUGGGAACUAAUAGUCGUUGAAUGGCAUGUUUGGACGUGUGGCUAAGUGUCUCAACAUUGAAAACACCGCCUGAAUAAGGUAGCGUUUAAGCAACAACGACUGUCACCACUUCAUUAACGUCAGUUAAAAUUUGAAAUGGCGCUGCUCCAAGCUUUAUCGCGCUUCUUCCACCUUGUUCAAUUUGUCAACUGAUGACAAUUCUUAUGGAGUUGAAUUCUAAAAGACAGUCUUAAAAUUCUUGAGGCAUUUUUACGUCUUAGUCGUGCAGUGACGGCAAAGAAAUAUACAAAAAAGCUUGAUGGACGCGCAGUAUCGUUGUUUUGCCAGUUUUCGUUGACGUCUCCGUCGUCGUGCUUAAGCGGGAGCUUAAGUAAAGGCGUUUUUGAGCGACGCAUGUCAACCGGAAGUGAGGUCUUUUUCAUUUUAAAGCACCUUGACGCUCCCAAAUUUGUAUUUCUAAGUGUCUUCACUAUUAUAGAGACUAGUUGUCCUAAAAUUUGGGCAAAACCACUGUCCAAAAAUGAAAAAAGACCACUUCCGGUGGACGUGCGUCGCUCAAAAACGUCUUUGCUUAAGUUCACUAAUAUUGUCCUCUCGGCUCCAACUUGUGACAAGACUUCUGAAUGAUGUUUAAAAAACUUCAUGCUGACACUUGGCCAGGACACGAUACUAUGACGGUGCUUUUGUUGGACCUGGUACGUUGUUUGAAACCAGUUAAUUGAUUCCAUUUUUGUCUUCAUGGUUGAAGGUACCUUCGAGCUACUGUUCUGCAUUUAGUGUCAGAGUACGAAGAUGCCGUUCCAAUGAAAGAACGAAAAGGCUACUACACUCACGCUUUGAGUUUGUUUGAAAACUGGCUGGACAACAAUGAUCCGUGAGUAUUCUGAUUCCUUUUUCUAAUCUGUUUUUCUUAACUUUGACUUUUAAUUUUAGAAUAUCGGAUGAGGCUGAACACGAUAUCAAAAAUAAGGGACUGGUCAAAAAGUAUGGGGGCGGGGUGGGCCCGGAGCAUUUGGAAAUGUGGUUGAUAAAAAACACAUGGCCCACCCCUCCCUUUGGUACAAAAAUGACUGACCCACCCCUAAAGCAAGGUUGGAAAUUGCAUGACCCACCGCCUAGAUGUUUGGUUUCCUCUUAAUAAUCCAAUAAAACCUUGUUCUGUGCUUGACAAAAUUUGUUGAUACACUGCUACAACCAAUAUCAAAAUCACAGCAAUCAUACCCUUCACUGAAAAGACAAAUGUGAAAAACCGAACAUCUCUUGUUCGAUGGACGUUAUGAGUCUUGACACAAAUAUACAUCAAAACGAGGGUAUAUUGAAAUUGUCUGUCACUAAGCAUAUGAAAAGUUAUACAAAGACAAUCCAUUCCCACACAUUACUUGCCGGGAAUGCUUAGAUUAAUCCCCUAAGAAAAUUUCUUCCACUUCAGUGGAAAGCACUACCUACAAAACCAUGGAAGUGCAAUGGGCACAAAGACAGCAGUUUUGAUUCCUUUGCCGAUAUUUUCAUGACAUAUAUUGAAACAACAACUCUAAGCAAAACUGUCUUUAGAACAACAGUUUGGAAAUGCUACAUACACGAUAUCUUUUCCCUAUGGGACAUGAGUAAACCAGACAUCGAAGCCUUCAUUGAACAAGCAAACUGACAUCACCCAACUAUUGAAUUCACGGCCGAAACAUUUGACACUGAGACUGCGUUUUUAGACGCGGUUGUAUACAAAGACACAAGAUUCAAGGAAAAAUCUAUUCUUGAUGCAAAGACACAUUUUAAACAAACGGAAACCUUCUUGCAAACACAUUUCACCUCGUGUCACCCUUCAAAGGUUAAAAAAGGAUUUGUCAAAGGAGAAGCCUUGCAAAUCCUACGAAAAAACUCCUCAGAAACAACCUUUGAGGAAAAAAAUUCAAAUUAAAAAAAAAAAAAAACGGUUGAUGGACGGAGGCUACCCACAAUCGUUGAUAGAAAACCUAUUACCAGAAAUAAAAUUCACAAAAGGGAGUCUAAACUCCUAAAACAAAACAACAAGGAGGAAAAAGAAAUAUUGCUAUUCGUGACACAAUACCAGCCCUCCGUGUCUACUAUAAAGGAAGCUUGAAUGAAAAAAUGGAAUCUUAUACAAAACCAACUAUAACUUCAAUAAGUUUUUAAAGAACCACCAAUCAUUUCCUUACAAAAAGGGAAAAUAUGGAAAGGACAUGCUCGUUAGAGCCAAAAAAAAAAGGUUAACAGAGGGUUCCACGCCCGUAUAGAUGAGCGGCCUGUCACCCUUUGUAUUUUCUUGCACAACAGGUUUGUGAGUAUUUGUCUCGUUAGUAGUUAGUGCCUAUCUAUGUAAUAAAAUAGGUUGACCCACCCCCUAAGGGUAGCUGAAAAUUGCACGACCCACCCCUUGCACGAGGCUCGAAACCUCAUGACCCACCCCCUCUCUGCUCUGGCCCCCACCCUAUACUUUGUGACCAGUCCCUAAUCAUGCUGAAAUUUGCCCAAGCCGUUAAUGGUUCUUGCUAUAAAUCGUGCGAAAGCCCAAUUCAAUAAUUUACACUUAAGCAUUUUCAAAAACGAGAGCGUAGUAGUAGUGACACCGAUGCAUAAUGAUUGUAGUUUAAGACAACACCGAGUGAAAAUGGGUCUUUGUCUUUGUAGGACUAGAUGGCAAUGAGUGUUGCAGUUUUAUACGUGAAUUGUUAAAACCUCAUGUCGUUUUGAACUUCUUAAUUACAGGAUCACUCCCAACUUACGUAGCACUGUUUAUUCGCUCGGCGUAAAAGAUGCUGAUGAAGCGACGUGGAAUAAAGUCUUUGAUAGAUACCUCAAAGAGACCGUUCCAUCUGAAAAGCGAAAGCUCAUGUACGCAGUAACCAAUAUUCGAAACAAGAAGAUUUUACAAAAGUAAGCACUUUUAAGAUGUUGUAUCCGUUAAUGAUAACUGCACUUAGGAGCUGACUUAUCUCAGGGCUUAAGAUUAAUAAUGGUAAUUGAACUGAGUGGAGUGCAGUUUGGUCUGAAAUCAUACGCGUGAUUUUAAAAUCGGACAAGAGCGCAGCGCGAGUUGGAUUUGAAAGCACAAGUAUGAUUUCGGACCAAAAUUGCACGACGCGAAGUUCAAUUGCCACUUUAUUACAGCCAUUUUGAAGACGCAGAAUUCUGUCAGUACCAUUAUCUAUUUGACUUAGCAGCCGGUUUGUUAAAGAGCGGAAAGAAAAAGGCUUUUAAUCUCAUUUUGUACCUGAAACAGAAGUGAUGCAAUGUAGAGCGAAAAUGGCACGAUUGAAAACAGAAAUGAUGCAAUUUAAAACAUAACUGACGCGAUUUGGAACAGACGUGAUUAAGGACAGAAAAUUGUGCAUGAUUCGUGAAUAAAUCGCACUGCUGAGAGCCAAUCAGAUUGCAGGGAUCACAAGUGAUUUCAAAGUGGAUAUAAUAAAGUUUGUUAUUGACAGCUAAAUCCCUUUUGAAGGUGUCUGGCGGGAUAUUGUAUGAAAACUGCGCGAUGAGGCAUUAUUUUCAGUCGUGUAAGAUAUACAGUGGUUUCCUGAUAGCUUGAACCUUCCUGGAAAAUCGAAAAAAGUUCAAGUUCUUGGGAGUGCGAAGCAAUUAACGGAAAAUCGAAGGAAACGGGAUGGGAAGGAAAUGCACGUAUCAUACACACUUCACUUCAACAGCAGCAGAGAUAUAAUGUUCUUUUGCAAAAGGAUUUAAGCAAAAAAGCUUGUUUGAUAUUCAGGGGGAAACUGUAUUUGAACUGGUUUGAUAAAAAAGACAAAGAAUACUGUAGUGGACAGUUUUUUUCCCGACCUGUCACGCGCAAAACGUGGUUCGAGUUAUCGAAGAUAAAAUUAUAUAGAAGUGGUGUGAAGUGCUUCGAGUUAGCGGGAGUGUCGAGUUAUCGAGGUACCACUGGUUACCCUCCGCUUGGAUUCGUGUUAUCUGAAUCUUGUAAAGUAUUAAAUUCCAAUUUUUCAUGUGCCAUGUUUCCUUGAUUUAUGCCUUAGACUCCUAGAGUACUCUUUACAAGACGACAAGGUUCGUUCCCAGGAUUCUGUGGCUGUUAUAGACUCAAUUGCAAUGAAUCCCGAGGGGCGCCUUAUAGCUUGGCGUUUUGUCCAGGCAAAGUACAAGUUGUUGUUUAAUAGGUGAGUUCAUUAUCAUAUUUGGAACAGGAAAAGAAGUAUUACAAGGAAAGAAACAAGAGGUUAACCUUCUUUUUCAGUGACAUAAAAUCCUUACUUUUUUUGCCAGGAGAGGCCUGCUGCAUAGAUCUCUCAUACCUAAGCAAGAUGGAUUGUUUUCUCAUACUUAAGGGUCGUUUAGAUUUUUUGUAGAUUUUAUUUGUGUACAGUACGACGGUUGCAUUGACAAUCUCCUAGUUUUGUGUCUUUAAGUGGGUGGGAGUAAAUAGCAAAGAGUAUUUACCCAAAAGGCUUUGAAAUGUUUGACUCCCCCAAUUUCCUUGACAAGUAGGCGUGGGGUAUAGGAAUAGGGGAAGUAGGCGCAUUUCCUUUUUCAAGGGCGCGCUAUUCAUGAAGUAGGGCGGGGCCCGUAAAGGUGGUUGAGCUUCAUUGUUAAUGAAGACUUGUUACUAUUGUUACCAAGGGUAAUUAUCAGUCUGGAUUAUUUUCGGAUUUGCCUUGCAGAUAUGGUAAGGGAUCGUUCGACUUUAGUCGAUUAAUCAAAGCCAACACCGCCCAUUUCAACACCCGGAAAAUGAAAGAACAGGUACUAAUGAAUAUAUCAGUUACAUUGACCUUUUCAAUGCAAAGUAAAUAUCGUAAAGUCCUGUCAAUCAACUCCUUCGAAAGCAAGGCCUGUUUCAAACGCCGUGCUACUGCCGUACUGAACGCAGUUGAUCGAUAAAAUUCGACUUAGGCACGGCAGUAGCACGACUUGGUUCAAACAUCGUGCUACUGCCCUGCCGAACUCAAUUCAUAAAAUAUAAAUACUUUGGAAUGCAUUUAAAAACUUCACUAAACCGCCUAUUUCCGUGGGAUGCCUGUGGCACUCCCACGGUAAAAAUCCGGUUCGGUUGUACCCAACUUUGCAAAGCCAGCCAAUAGGAUUGCCUAAAAUCUUUAUCGAUUAGCUCUUCUUCCAAGCCGACCAAUCAGAUCGUACAAAAUUUGUAUCGAUUUUUAAUCGAUUUGCUUCCUCUAAAGAACGUUGAAAUCAGAACGUUCCUUGCCAAAUUUGUCGCGCUAGAGUUUUCCCACUCGUGCUUUAGGAUGGCUUGUUAACCAGCGAAAUCCUUCAGGAUACUGACAAGUCACAAAAGGCGACCUAAACCAAAUUAUUUCUUUCCUUCAUGAUUCUUUUUUGUUUAGGUCUAGCUUUUUCAUAAGGUUUGAAUAGCGUCUGGUCGUGGGCCAUGAUUUCCGAUAGAUUUUUCUAUUCGGAGUUCGCCAGUUUUUGCCGAGCACAGCUAGAGUUCAGUUUUUUUCUUUUCUUAUCGAAAACACGUUGACGAUGGGAGGUUAAAUCGCGUAAAUUUCAACUCGUACCCUUGACGAUUGGCGGUGAAAUCGCGAAAAUAUUGUCCUCGUCGAUGGACGACUCGCUUUCGGCAUGGAUUGGACUUCUGGAUGGGACACGGAUCAGGAGUGGACCUUAGUAAACUUAUUAUACCUUGGAAUCAGGGAUAAUCAUUGGAACUAUGUUAACUUUGAGACCUUGGAAACACAUUGCAAUUAAUUUUUAACCGUAUCAAGAGCAUCUUGGAAUAUUAAACUUUCAUCUUGGAUUAAAACAUUGGAACUUUAUCGAACUUUGUAACCCUGGGUUCGACCCUGGAUAAAGCAAGCGGAUUUUUUGUUUUGUUUUGUUCUAUUAACCUAAAACUACAAUGUUUAUUUCUCUUUGAAAAAGUUACCUGUGGCAACUUACUACCAAGAUAUGAUGUAUCUUUAUACAUAUACUUCCCGUUCAGGUUAAUCAGAGAGCAUUAUGCGCAUGUUCUCCAUUACUUGUUUCCGUUAACAUUCCAAUUUAAGUUACACGGGUAAACCUUGUUUUGAUUCAAAAUAACUUCUUUUUCUUAUCCAAAUCGUGCUAUGAAAAUAACUACAUAGCGAUAGAUCAAAACAAGAUCAACUCCAUCCUUGCGACUACUGACAACUAUAAAUUUAGCUUGCGUAGCAGGUGUCGAAAGGGAUAGGGGAUAAGGAUGAAGCAAAAAGGGGAUGUGGAUUGGGGGAAAAUAGUAGCCUGCGUGAUAAAUUCAGUCAUAAGCACAUUAAACCAACCCAUACAGGUAACCUACUCAUCGAUGCUCAUAACAUGACACAUCUUUCCGGUUUCCCUAAUUUUCCAAAUUCAGAUAGAACGCCAUUAUUCUUCCAUAGACCAACGCAUCCCACGGAAACGACUUUAGGCGUCUUGUUUUUUUAAGUUUUGUUUUCCGCAAAAGUGAGAUUCGACAUCUGAAACCAAGUCGUACCACAUUCGUGCUAUUCGUGCUGUGCUGAAGUCGAGCCAGCUUAUACAAAUGUAGAACGGUAGAAGCACUGAUUCAGCAGAAGGCAAAGCGGCAAGUUUGCUUUUAAAUUCGGAAAACGGCCAAUCGAAUCCAAUGGGCAAUCCAGUUUCUGUUUCCAUAUUUAUGGCAAAAUAAUUCCUUUUAAGGAAACUUUUUCAGCUGGAAAGGAGUUGCUUGUUCGCUAAACUAAUCAAACGCCGCCACGAUGAAUCAAUAGUUUUUUUUUAUUUUUAUGUUUGUUAAUUGGUUUGCUGUUGUGUAAUAAUUUCAAGGUCAAACUUUUGUCUCAUGGUCCUCGUUUAGGGGCAUUAGCUCGUAAGAGUUUCCUGUAGCUUAGGUGGUAGAGCAUCUGGACUAGUAACAGUUCGACUUCUAUUGAGAGUACUGUGUCACUGACUGAAAAAUCAUCGGAUAAAUUUAGGUUUCUGGGAAACAGCCCCCCUACCCCUCCCCUAAGCCAACAUUUUGCCCUAAACGAGAAGUAAGUGUUAAUUUUGGCUCAGGGGAGGGGUAGGUGGGCAGUUUUUUAGAAACCUAAAUUGAUCCAAAUCAUCCUGUCAUUGAUUAUCACUUUUUUUGGCUUUUCUUCCACUCCAGCGAGGUAGAGCAACAAAUAAUUAACAAUUAUUGGACGAGGUUGAGCAAAAUAUCGUGAUUUGUCAGUGGCGAGCAGAUCAGUUAUUUGCCGAAGCCGAAGGAUGAGGCACAUAAUUGAGCUGCGAGACGCUGACACUAUUUUGCGAUAACCGAAUUCAAUAAUUGUUUUUUCAUUCGAUCACCAAGUUUAUUUUUUAAUGAAUAUCUCCGGAAAGCGAAGCGAUCUGCCAUUAAUUUUUUCACGCAAGAGCGGAAUGUUAUUUGCAGCCAAACACAGUUGGACGACAUUGCGAAUGAGCAGAGCAUUAUUUGUAAGCAGUUAUUUGCAGGUCACGUGGUGGAAUUUUCGGCUAAUGAAAAGGAAGAAAAAUUUGCAAACGUCUUGCAAACGGCUUCCUCUUCUUUCUGUUAGCCCGUGCCGGCUCUGUUAUCUUAAGUUCAAGAGAGUUUCGAUCAUCGCUAUUGAUCUUAUGUAUUUUCGAAGUGUUUACGCAUUAUUCGUAACAAAUGCAAAUAAAUACAAGCAAAUAAAACUUGGAACAGUUGGGCCAGUAUACCCCUAGUCUGUUCCAGGCGUUCAAUUGAGUAUUGGACAACCCUCAGAAAAGGGAAAGAAGUAAUGAGGAAACCCCCAAAGCCAGCCUAUUGCUGUUUUUCCUUCUCACAUCUCUUUGCGCAGUAUCCACAGUCUGAAAACGUGCAACAGUCUUAUAUUUUGCAGCGCCUUAAACUGUGAUUUCAUUUUUGCUUUCAGGUGUCGGGUUUCUUCUCUCGACCAGACGUUGACCAAGGCUCCGGCAAGCUGGCUGUACAGCAAAGUCUUGAGAGUAUAGCUGCCAACAUCAAAUGGUUAGAACGCUAUGGUGGCAGAGUGUAUGAAUGGCUGACACACCCGUCCAUCAAGGCACCACAAGGCACCGCAACAAGGCAUCGAAUGCAAAAGCCGAAGUAUUUAUCGUACGACGAGAUGAUAGUGGAAAAAUAUGGUCGACCUUAAGAACCAUAAAGCUUUCUCUUAAUAUAUUAUUCUACAUGUUACUUGUUUUUCUUCCACUUACAUUGAUAUUUUAGAAUUUUAUUUCACACUCAAAUAACUUCUAAUAUCAAAGCUGUCCUUCCCGGCUUUGACGUGGCGUUUUAACAAUUCCUUUUUUGCUUGAAUCUUAACAUACGUGUUAAAAUUCAAGAGGAAGGACCCUAAUAAACAUCCCUCGGGUAGCGAGUGAUUACGCUUUUGCUCUUUGUUUUCUUGGCUUCUUUGAUCGUUAGGAGUAAAAUUUUAUGUAGUUAGUGUUCUGGCAAAAACUUUCUUUUUUCUGGAGUUAUUCCUUGUAAGCAAAAGGGAUUGCACAUACAAAUGAAGCUUUAUAGUUAAAUUUAUCAUAUUUUACGAAGGAUACAAGUGCUAGUCCUCUUUACUUUGGUUAAGUGCAGUAAACACACAAGAGAUUUAUUUUUAUUGUAUUUAUGGGCUUUAUGAGAAAUUGACAAUAUUCGGUUCAUGUUUGGGAGAACGACAUUAUUUUUUUUAUUUCUCUCCUCUGUUGGUUUUGCCCAAGUUUGGAAUGAUGGCGGGUUAAUUAUGCCGGCGCAUGGAGCCUCCUUCCCGCUGGAUGUUUUGGGCUGGAGCUGCUGAAUCAGUAGUCGAUCUGCCACAUCUAUUACCCAUUAAUCAUCUUUUUUUGAUCUUAUACAAGAUGUUUUUUUCAAAGCACACAGUUGUUCAAUUAAACUUUGUGCGUUAUAACCUGGGAAUACGUCAGAGAUAAUGGCCGUUUUCACACGAGAGACGGAUAAUCUAUCUUUAAAAUCCGUCAAAUUGACGGAACAACAGAUGGAUAACGUCAGUUGGGUUGUCCGUCCAAUUAAGACCAUUCCAUUUUCAAAUUAAGGCGUAUUAUCUGCCUGACGCGAAUUAUCUAACGAAUAACCUGUCACAGACGGAUAAUCCGUCUCCAGUGUGAAUACGGCUAAUGUGACCUGCAAGAAAGGCAGAAUUAAUUUAGAGAAAUAGUUGUCAUAAUUAUACUCGACAGUGACUGAAGUUGUGUAGGGAUAUGAAGCUCUAUAAAAACUGUUACAGUGGAACCUCCAAAAUCGGUCAGCUCCUCACGACGGCCACCUCUCUACAACGGCCACAUUUUUCGGUGGACAGUCCAUACUUUGACUCUUGUUUAACCCACUCUACAACGGUUACUUUCUUCAGUCUCCAAGAUGGCCGCAUGAGGAAGGGGUUGUACUGUAAUUGUAUUUAAACCAACACUUGUUUCUGAUGAAUCGUUGGACAGAGUCGAAGCUUGUUGUAGUGGAGGUGACGUGGGGCAUAUCCUUUCUUAAACUUCAACUUUAAAGCCCUAGGGGUGAUCGGAAUCUGAUUCGGUUUCCCAUUUUAUAAACACUGCGAAUCGACGGUUAAUCGUGGAAAAAAUAAAAAUGAACACCGACGAUGGAAAUUUUUUGUAUGACCUCUCCUCAGUCAUCAAUAAAUAGGAUGUUUGGAACAUUUGCGGGCCAGUAAAAGGGCGAAGGACGAGUACGAUAAUUAUGCCUAUUUCUCGUGUUUGUGUGCUCCAUAUUGAAACACUUGAAAUGAUACCUCGGUGUCAAAAUUAUAAAUUAAAAUUAAUUGAG